AUUAGCUCGGAGGUCCAGUAAGAAUGGUCUUUUAGUAGAGGACCACGCACGCUCUUUCGGUAAGAAGUAUACCUGAGAUGUCAAAGCGUCUGUGAGCUAUCGCUUGCUUUGUUUACUACUUGCGACCAUCCACAAUAAGCUAUGAAUUUAGAAAUUUGUGUUGAGAACUUUCAAUCUGCUCUUGCAGCUGAAGAAGGAGGUGCUGAUCGAGUAGAGCUCUGUCAGGCACUUGGAACUGGAGGACUAACUCCUAGUUUAGGAUUGAUUACAACAGUAAAAGAGUCGCUGAAAAUUCCUGUUUUUGUUUUAAUUCGUCCAAGACCUGGAAAUUUUGUUUAUACUGAUAUCGAAUUGCAGAUUAUGAUAAAGGAUAUGCUUAGUGCUAAUCCUAUAGUUGAUGGCUUUGUCACUGGUGCUUUAAGGGCUGACGGAACGAUUGACAAAGAAGCUUGUUCUAUACUCAUUAAAGCAGCUAAUGGCUUGCCAGUGACAUUCCACAGAGCCUUUGAUUUGAGUAUGAGUAGUGAAUCUCUCCAACAAAUUAUCGAUUUAGGAUUCAAAAGAAUAUUAACAAGCGGAGGAUGCAGAACUGCUCAUGAAGGAAUGUUGCAAAUUAAAAAACUGGUUGAGGAGGCGGAUUCCAGAAUUUGCAUCAUGCCUGGAUCUGGUAUCUCUCCUUCAAAUUUGAAAGAGAUCGUGGAAACUACAGGAGCUGUAGAAUUCCACUCAUCUGGCCAACGUAAAAAUCCAGUUGUAAAUCCUGAUAGUGAAAUUGUUCAGGGUACAAGUUUUUAUCCGUCAACUUCUCCACACAUUGUUAAGAGGUUGAAAAACAUCUUGAAAGCACAAUUAUAGAAUUAUUUCAAGUUUUUGUAAUGUAAAAUAAAACAUGUUAUUUAUAAA